UUGGGUUUCUGUGCUGCACUUCCUACGUCAUCAAGAUGUGAGGUGGUGGGGCAGCGUCCAGUUUGGCCGGCGGCAGUGGCAACUUUUAUCUCCAAAUUGCGUUUUCAGGUGGCAUGGAAGACGCGACAGGUUUGCCAGUAUGAGUAUAAUAUCUUUAUGGUGGUGGGAAAUUAAGAGAAUCAUGGAUUUUCCAGGACAUUUUGAGCAAGUCUUUCAGCAGUUAAACUACCAGAGGCUUCAUGGCCAACUUUGUGACUGUGUCAUUGUGGUGGGAAACAGACAUUUCAAAGCCCAUCGCUCUGUUCUGGCAGCAUGUAGCACACACUUCCAAGCUCUCUUUACUGUAGCAGAGGAUGAUCAAACUAUGAACAUGAUUCAGCUGGACAGUGAAGUAGUGACAGCAGAAGCUUUUGCUGCCCUGAUUGAUAUGAUGUACACUUCUACACUAAUGCUUGGGGAGAGCAAUGUAAUGGAUGUCUUGCUGGCUGCUUCUCACCUACAUUUGAACUCUGUUGUUAAAGCAUGUAAACACUACCUUACUACCAGAACAUUACCAAUGUCUCCACCUAGUGAUAGAGUUCAAGACCAAAAUGCACGCAUUCAAAGAUCUUUCAUGCUUCAGCAGCUUGGGCUGAGCAUUGUGAGAUCUGUGUUAAAUUCCACUCAGAGCACAGAGGAACAACUAAAUACCAUGAGCUCAUCAAUGAGAAGUAAUAUAGAACAAUGUACUACCUUUCCUAUCUGGCACGUCCACAAGUGUAAACAGUCUUCUGAUGAUCGGGCCAGACAACGAUUCAGGCCUACCAUAGAUGAGUCCAUUUCAGAUGUUACUCCAGAGAGCAGGCAGUCAGUAGUUCAUUCACAAGUUUUUUUUUCAUCAGAUUCACUGAAGAAUGUGGACAAUUCUAAAGCUGAUGCUGUUAUUGAUAAACAAGAGGAUAAUAAUAUUAUGUUUGAUCAGACUUUUGGUGCUCAAGAAGAUGCUCAAGUGCUCAGCCAAUCAGAUAACAUUUCACAGAUAUCCAUCUCAUCUCAGGUGAUACAAGUGGAAACCAGUUUUGAUCAGGAAGCUACUUCUGAAAAAAACAACUUCCCAUGCAAAAAUACAGAGGUCAGUCUAAAUGAAAAAGAACACAUGAGGGUGGUAGUUAAAUUUGAGCCUUUGAGUUCCCCAGAGCUUCAAGAUGAAGUGAGCAAUGUCACUUCUCAAGCAGAAGGCAGUGAAUCUGUUGAAGUGGAAGGAGUGGUGAGUGCGGAGAAGAAAGAACUGAGUCCUGAAAACAGUGAUCAUAGCUUUUCUGACCCCCAGUCUAGUACUGAUAGGAUGGGAGGCAUCCAUAUUAUGAAAGUGUCAAAUAACCUGGAACAGAAGUCCACUUUCAGUAUCUCAAAUUUCCUGAAUAAAAGCAGAGGUGGUAACUUUGGUGCAAGUCAAAAUAGCAAUGAUAACAUUCUGAAUACAACUAAAGAUUGCAGAAUGGGUGGUGAUGCCUCUUACCUAUUGAGUCCAGAGUCUGGGCCUGCUAGUAAUCAUUCCUCUGUUACAGUUUGUCAUGUAGAGAAUCCGUUCAGUGAGACUGCAGUCUCUCAUUUUGUUAGACCAAUGCAGGAUGCAAUGGCUCUUCCAUGUGUACAGACUUGUGGGUUCAGGGCUGCAGAACAAUUUGGUAUGGCUUUUCCAAGGUCAAGUUUGGGCCUGCACUCUUCAUCAAGGACAGUGAUGGGAUCUGUAAGAGGUGGAGCUAGUAGCUUUCCUGGCUAUUGUCGCAUAGCCCCCAAAAUGCCUGUUGUGACCUCUGUCAGGAGCUCCCAGCUACAGGAUAACACUUCCAGUUCUCUGCUGUUAAUCAAUGGGACCACUUUUGAAAAUGGACAUCCUUCACAACCUGGUCCAACCCAAUUGACAAAGGCAUCUGCAGAUGUUCUUUCAAAGUGUAAGAAGGCCUUAUCUGAACAUAAUGUCUUGGUUGUUGAAGGUGCUCGUAAAUAUGCCUGUAAGAUCUGCUGCAAGACUUUUUUGACCCUAACAGACUGUAAGAAGCACAUUCGUGUGCAUACAGGAGAAAAGCCUUAUGCCUGUUUAAAGUGUGGCAAACAGUUCAGCCAGUCCAGCCAUCUAUAUAAACAUUCCAAAACAACCUGUCUGAGAUGGCAGAGCAGCAGUCUACCUAGCACUUUGCUUUAAUCUCCCCCACUGCUUAGCCCUGUGGGAAUGCUAAUACAAAUGUUUAAGACUGGAGUAUAUUUUAUUCUAUUUUUUUUGCUAGGGUUGGAAGAGACCUUAAAGAUCAUCUAGUCCCAACCUCCCUGCAUGGGCAGGGACACCUUCCACUAGUCAGGUUGCUCAAAGCCCCAUCCAACCUGGCCUUGACCACUUCCAGGGAGGGAACCUGUUCCAGUGUCUCACCACCCUCAUACUAAAGAAUUUCUUCCUAAUGUCUAACCUGAAUCUCCCCUCUUCCAGCUUAAAACCAUUACCCCUCAUCCUAUCACUACACACCCUUGUAAAAAGUCCCUCUCCAGCUUUCCUGUAGGGCUGGGAGGCUGUUUAUAAAGUCUCCCCAGAGCCUUCUCAUCUCCAGGCUGAACAACCCCAACUCUCUCAGCCUGUCUUCAUAGGAGAGGUGCUCCAGCCCUCUGAUCAUCUUUGUGGCCCUCCUCUGGACUCGCUCCAAGAGCUCCAUGUCCUUCCUGUAUUGAGGGCUUCAGAACUGGACACAGUACUCCAGGUGAGAUCUCACGAGUGCAGAGGGGCACCUCCUUUGACCUGCUGGCCAUGCUUCUUUUAAUGCAGCCCAGGACAUGGUUGGCUUUCUGGGCUGCAAGCACACAUUGCUGGCUCAUGUUGAGCUUUUCAUCAACCAACACCCCCCAGGUCCUUCUCCUCAAGGCUGUUCUCAAUCCAUUCUCCACCCGACCUGCAUUUGUGCUUGUUCUUUCGUUCAAAGCUUAAAGUUAAGAAGCUGCCCUUGUAGAUUAGUGAAUGCUUGCAUGUGAUUGUGCUGCAUUCACAAGUCUUGGUUCUAUAAAUUGGUGAUAGUGCCAUGUUUACCUCACAGGGGUGUUGGUAGACUUAACUGCUAAUGAACUGCUUGAGAUCUUCUGAAGGAGGCACUGUAGACAGAUUAAGAGUUAUUGUUAAAUACAUGCAGGUCUUGGGCUCACAGGGGUAUAAUCCCUAAAAGUAGUAGUAGUUCCAUUGUAGGGCAGACAGGUGGGGGUUGGGUGAGAACAUAGUUAGCUCCUAAUUAUGUUAGAGUAGCAUGUUUAAGAAUGAAAAACUGAAGGGCAAAUACAUUUUUUGGGGGGGAGGGGUUGUAAAAAACAUUAAAACCCCACAUUUAAAUAAAUGACCCAUAACAUAAAUUGAUAAGUUGAGUAUGAACAGUAAUGCAAAGAUCUUUACAGUAACUAAUACAGAUUGCAUAUUCUUAAAAGAAAACCAACCUUGGAUGCACCUGUCUGCCAUAAAAUGCCUUAAAAUAAUAAUUAUGAAAGUAGUUCUGAAUGCAUUUUUGGCUGUUUUGCAGUAAAGGACAGUGUGUAAUGAAGGUACUUAAAAUAAGUCAAUGACAAGUUACUUCUGGACUGUUAGAUGUGUAAAUAAAUACUCUGAAUACAGCAAGAUCUGGUUAUUUCAUAAUUUUUUCUGUAAAAACUUGCAUUGAGUAAUAAGUAAAAUACUGGGUUUUGUUUGUGCUAUUAGCAAUAUUUUAACCAACUUGUAUUUAAUAUUUAAAUUUCAUAGACAUGGAAGCCUGAAACUAGUUUGUCUAUAUCUACUUUGUUUUUUUUUUAAAUGAGAGAUGAUUUGUGAUGGCUCUUUUUACUGGGUAAGGUAGUUUCUUACUCCAGAUGCAGAUAGGCAAUUUGAUUCACAUUUUUGUGUAAGCAUACUUUUGUUUCCUUAUUUUAUCUUCAGGCUUUAAUUUGUUCCUCCAUGUACUUGCUGUCCUUCCCAACCAUUGUUCCUCAGAUCAGUGUCAGGAAUGAGCCUCACUUGCCAUAUUUAUGGAUGUCUCUGUAUAAAAUGUAGGUAUCAACACCAGUCCUUUGGUUUAGAGUAGUAUCAUAAAUGUACUUUCUCAAGUAAGUAAGUAAAAAUCUAGCAUUAAUUUAAUUUAAAAUAUAGCAUUAUACACUUUGUAAAGCAGAAGUUCAGUGAUCUUUAUUCUUCAGGUGAAUUACAUAGAUUGUGUUAAUUUCUUCUUCUUAGAAACCACUGUAACUAAUAAUGUUUGCAGUGUUGUUUUGGUUUUGCUUUUUUGUUGCAGAUGCCCAUGAACUAACUACUGCCUUUCAAUAUAUUAGAUUUCUAAAUAAAUUUUGGAGUACUUAUACUGAUAAA